GUCAAGGGAGCACUGGCUCCAUUGCUUUUAUUGUUGUGUUGCUCCAGCCUUUACCUCAACAUGAUAUCUCUUCCAUUGUCGAUGGAACCCCGGGAGCACCGUUAUCAUCAUGUCACGAACAUACGCAACUCCCGCUGCACUCAUCACAAUCUCUAUCCUCUUCCCUGUCUUGGGGACCUUAACGGUGAUCCUUCGCUUUUACUACACUAGAAGAAAGACAGAAUCUGUAUUGUGGAUUGACGACUGGUUGACUCUGCCUGCACUGGGACUGGAAUAUGUACUCGCAGCACUCAUUCUUUGGGGAGUAACAACAGGAUCCUUAGGGGGUCUUCUUUCCCAGUCUGAUGAUGACCCGAGCCCAGAGGCCUCCAUCUUCUCGACCUCAGAUAAACAAACUAGAAUUCUACAGGUUCCACUCACAUUGGUUAAUACAAAUCCGAGUACUAAUGCAUUUCAGAUCCAGUAUUUCGCUGACAUAGUGACUGUCCUUGCAUUUGGUUUGACGAAGCUGAGCAUUCUCUACUUCUACCGCAGCAUAUUCUGCAGCAGACGGACUAUCCGGACUGCCUUUCACUCUGUGACCAUGUGCAUGAUAGCGCUAGUGUUUGUCUGGACUAUAGCCUUUGGCUUUGGCAUGAUCUUUCUCUGCGGUGUUCAUCCCGAUUACGCCUGGAGCACUAUUGCAGUCGUUACAACCGAAUGCAGUUUACAGGUCCCUCUCCUCGAAGGAUAUGCAAUUUCUGAUUUUAUACUGGACGUGAACAUCUCAGUCCGCCAAAAAGUGGGACUUGGACUCAUCUUCCUAGUUGGUCUCUUAGCAAUCGCAGCUUCUGCUACACGAAUGGCUAUCUACAUAGCUCAUCUCGCUAAUCCCUUUGCCGAAACAGACGGGGAAACACUCGUCACAUACCUCCUAUUCUGGACGAUGGCCGAAUGCGGGCUUGGAGUCAUUGUUAUCUGUCUCCCUCCCCUACGUCCACUGUAUAGCAAGAUCGGGUUAGGCUCGUAUAUCAACAACCUCAAAAGGUAUCUGUACCGAAAGACCAAGUCGACAACCUCGAGCACAGUUCAACUUAACAGCCUCAAUAGCUCGGUAACAUCAAACUCCCCUAGUCUGAACCCCAUUCAAGCAUAAAACAGUCAGCCAGCCCGCUCCCUGGUCGACAGACCACUGCGCCUGACCAGCUGCAGCCUAGGCGAUAUAGGCAGGAAUACAUGUCUACAUGGCACAUACUAGUCUGACACGUAGCUAUGACCGUUGGGAGUGGCGUUGCAGCAUGC